GACGGAAGCAUACCCAGUGAACGAGGUCUCUGCUUUGCUCGGCAUUGACUUGACCCCGGCUCACUCUUUCCGCGAACGAGAUAAGGAGGCGAGAAGGAAAGCCAAAGCCCUCUUCCUUGUUUGCCGUGUCUGCUCCGAGCAGAGCAAAGAGGAAACCGAGGCUGUGCAAUGGCGAGCGUUUUCCUAUCUUCCAUCCUAUCAAAAACCAGCCAAGUACUGGGCUUUGCUCAGAGAUCGGCAGUCUCUCCGUCUUCAUCAUCGGAUCCACGCAACAGUGUCUUGAAAGAUCUGGAGAAGCUAGGGAGAACAUUGAAGAGGAUCCAGGCAGUGCUUCAUGACGCGGAGGAGAGAGAGAUACGAGAAGAAUCCGUCAAGCUCUGGCUGAAGGAGCUUAAAGAAGUGGCUUAUCAAGCAGACGACGUGCUGGACGAAUACCAUUACGAGGAACUGCGAGGCCAAGCGACAGGCCGAGCUUCCCGCAAUGAGAAGGGAGGGGUAGGGGGCGAUCAGGAAGAGGUUUCAAUUCUGGACGGCAUGGGGGAUAAAAUCAGGGAGAUCGGGAAGAGGUUCGAUGAGAUCUCGGAGGAUCGGGAACGCCUCCGUUUAAGAGAGGAAGAUGGAAAGCGACGAGACCUCGGAGCUCCGUACCGAGCACCAACCAGCCACAUAGUGGAUGAGUCAAGUAUUUAUGGAAGGGAACACGACAUGCAGGAGGUAAUUAAUUUGCUAUUUUCUAAGGGUGUGGAAAAUGGUAUCUCUGUCGUUCCGAUUGUCGGCAAGGGAGGACUGGGAAAAACCACGAUCGCCCAGUUGGUCUACAGUGACCGCAAGGUAAAACAAUAUUUCAAUCUAACCGGAUGGGUUUGUGUAUCUGACGAUUUCGAUGUUCCAAGGCUAACAAAGGCCAUCCUUGAGUCUCUUACUCGACGUUCGUGUGAUCUUACACAACUAAGCACACUUCAAGAUACUCUCAAGGAAGAGGUGAAGGGGAAGAGUGUGUUGCUCGUGCUCGAUGACGUCUGGAAUGAGCAACAAAGCCGUUGGGAGUCCUUAAGAAGCCCCUUCGUUGGUGCAAAAUCGGUGAGAAUUAUCAUGACCUGUAGGAAUGAUUCGGUCGCCGAGAUCAUGCAGACAGUGCAUCCUUAUCAUCCUAACUGCUUGUCUCCAGAGCAGUCUUGGUCAUUGUUCAGACAUUAUGCAUUCGAUGGUCGAGACCCUGAAGAACAGCCACGUUUGGCUGAUCUCGGUGAGCAGAUUGUCAAGAGGUGUUCCGGUUUACCAUUGGCUGUGAAGUCAAUAGAAAGCCUCCUGAGAUCCACGGCAGAUGAAGAUAGCUGGAUGGAUGUCAUACAGAGUUAUCUAUGGGAAGUCGACGAGGAUAUGAAUGAGAUUUUGCCAGUUCUUAGAUUAAGCUAUAGCCGCAUGCCAGCACAUCUAAAACCUUGUUUUGUUUAUUGUUCCAUGUUUCCCAAGGAUUAUGAGUUUGACAAAGAUGAAUUAGUCCGAUUAUGGAUGGUGCAAGGUUACAUCCAGACAUCUGGAGGUAGAAGAAGAAUGGCAGACAUUGGCAAUGAAUACUUCAAUGACUUGCAAAGAAGAUCGUUCUUUGAUUCCUAUCGGUCUAAGUUUAAGAUGCAUGAUAUGAUACAUGAUCUAGCGAAAUCCAUUGCAAGAGAUGAGUGCGGGGCAAUUGUGAAUAAAAAGCUACCCAGUCUCCCUGAUGAAGUUCGCCAUUUAUAUGUGGGAGUCGGAGAUGAAGAGGAAUUUGUGAAAUCACUGCGCUCGCAUAAUUUUAGCGCCUUACGGACCUUGUUAUUAUGGGAUGGGUAUAGAGAUCAAACAGUAAUCCUAGAAAUAAUCAAGAAUCUGCCGCUACUAAGAUGUUUACGGACUCUAGAAUUUUGUUGGGAAAGGGAAGAUGAGAUCCCAGAUUUACUCAGUAACCUGAAGCACCUGCGCUACUUACGUAUCAAAUCCCAUAAUAUUGAGAAGGUCCCUGAAUUAGUAUGCCUCCUUUAUCACCUACAAAUAUUGGAACUUGAUUGCCAGAAUCUUGCAGAGUUACCAGAUGGCCUAGGUAACCUUACCAACCUACGAUCCUUUAAAAGACUGCCUGGAACAGUUUGUCAGCUCCGCAACUCGCAGAUGUUGGUUCCUGAUGGGUACACGUAUCUUCAAGAGUUACCCAGUGGCAUAGAAAGCCUUACUAGGCUCCGCCACCUACAAAUUGCGAAAGGGCAAAUUCUCUGCCUGCCAGCUGGGAUCGGAAAACUAACAAAGCUUCAAAGAUUUCUUGGAUGCUAUAAAGUGCAGGGUGGGAUAGGAGUGUUGAAGGACUUGGUGAAUCUCCAAGGAUUUCUAAUCAUCUCAAGGCUCAGAAACUUGGUCAACAUAGAGAAUGCCAGGGAUGCUGGUCUUAAACAUAAGCAUAAACUCGAGGGGUUGAUGCUAGCUUGGAAUGCGGUCGACUGCAAUAAUGAUCCGUGUGACAAGCAAGAUGAUGGAUUACUACAUCUAGAAGCUUUUCCAGAGGAAAAUAAGGAUGUCCCAGCCGAUAAAAAAAGGGAGGAAGCCAUGCUCGAGUAUCUCCAACCUCAUGCCAACCUCAAAGUUUUGUCUAUAAAAAGGUAUGGUGGUUCCAAGUUUCCAGAAUGGGUGGGAAAUUCUUUCUCCUUUGCAUCACUUCAAGAAAUCCGUAUAAUUAAUUGUAACAAAAUACGGUCUCUUCCUCUAUACAUUCAUGACUCUUUUGGAAAAUUGGAUGCACCCAUAUCAAAAUCCAUGCUUGAGAGGGUGUCCAUUUCUGGUUGCCGGCAACUCACAUCCAUAGUAGGGCUGCAUCAUCUCCACUUGCUUAAAGAUCUGAAGAUAAAAAAUUGUCCUCAACUUCUGCUCUCAUCAGAGGAAGGACUGCCAUCCAAGCUUCAAGUUUUGCGUAUCGAGGAGUGCCAGCAGUUGACGUCAUUGCAAAACCUUACUUCUCUCAAAAAUUAAUUAUAAAAGAUUGUCCUCAACUCCGACACUUAUUAGAUGAAAGACUAUCAUCCAAGCUCAAAUAUCUGCAUAUUAAGGAGUGCCAGCAGUUGACAUCAUUGCCGAGGAUGCAAAACCUUACUUCUCUCGGAAGAUUAAUUAUAAAAAAUUGUCCUAACUUCAGAUCAUGGCAGAAGAUCAGCUCUCAUCUAUGCCUGACAAAGUGAAAAUUGUAGAUUGCCCUGGAUUGGUCAACUGGUGCCAAAUACAAAGAAUCAACUGCAUUCAGGUCUCUUCAGGCAACAAGCUGACUAUAUCCAACACAUGGGAGAACAUAAUGAGUGGGUUUCAUGAUUUGACAUCUGUUGAGUAUCUUUGUUUCCGUAAUACUUGGAAAAAACGUAGGCCAACAUGGAAGAAUAUAAUGCAAAGAGACCCCAUACCCAAACUUG